AUGGAGGAAGAGACGCUUAAAAGAUUCUCAUCUUCUAUCAAGGAAGAGCUUGCUACACUAUUAUCUCAUGAUACAUGGCCGCCUGAUCCUGCUGCUAGGCCUAAACUAUCUGGCCAAUUCAAAAACAUUGGAGGUCAUCAAACAAUGGAAUUGUUGGAAGCAGAUUUUACAGAGGAGGAAGUCAGAAAUGUUAUCAAGAAUAGUGAUGCUCUAAUCCCAAAAGUCGAUAGCCCAUCAAGCUUGAGGGAUUAUAGGCCCAUAAGUCUCAUUGGAUCCUUGUACAAAAUUUUGGCUAAAGUCUUAGCAAAUAGGAUGAAACAAGUGAUGCCAAGGAUUAUUAGUGAGUCUCAAUCCGCAUUUCUUGGAGAUAGGAAUAUCCUAGAUAGAAUCCUCAUUGCCAAUGAGAUUGUUGAUGGGUGGAGAAAAUCGAACAAGAAAGGUUUGGUGUUGAAACUAGAUUUUGAGAAGGCCUAUGAUUCAGUCAAUUGGGAAUUCUUAUUUAAUAUGUUAUCUAAUUUUGGAUUUGGUGAUAGAUGGGUGAGAUGGAUGAAAACUUGCGUAACCUCCACUAAAGUGUCAGUUUUAGUGAAUGGUUCACCUACUGGGGAAUUUUGUCCUCAGAGGGGUCUAAGGCAAGGUAACCCAUUGCCUCCUUUCCUUUUCAAUAUUGUGGCUGAAGGGUUGAAUAUCUUGUUGGUAAGGGCUAAGGAAAUGAGCUUGAUAAAAGGGGCCACCAUCAGGAAUAAUGGGUUAACAGUAACGCAUCUGCAAUUUGCAGAUGAUACAAUAUUGUUUUGCGAAGCUGAGUGGGUGGAAGUGGUGACCAUCAAACGAAUUUUGAGAUGUUUUGAAAUUUUCUCAGGGUUGAAAAUUAAUUACCAUAAGAGUGUGAUUGCUGGUAUUGGAGUGGAUGAAGUGUUGUUGCAGAGUUUUGCCUUUAGAUUAAAUUGUGCCCAUCAGAGGCUACCUUUUAAGUAUCUAGGUCUACUUCUAGGGGCUAAUCCUGUGGGGGUGGCAAAAGCGAUUGAUAAUAUUCAAGCAAACUUUCUUUGGAGGGGAUCCGACCUUAGAAGGAAAGUCCACAUGUACCUUGCAAACUCAGCAAUUGAGUUGGGGAAUGGUAGGAGAACCCUUUUUUGGCUAGAUAAAUGGGCUUGGGAGUUGAGCUUUAAAGAGGAAUUCCCCAGACUUUUCUCUCUGUUUACUAAUAAAAUAGGAGUAGUGUCUGAUUUUUACAACAGGAGUGGAGGGUUUCAGGUAUGGAAUUUGGAAUUCAGGAGAACUCUAUUGGCAUGGAAAGAGGAGGAGGUUAGUAGAAUUCAUUCAUUCUUUAUGAAUGCUCCAGCAAUGAGGGUCACUAAACAAGAUGCUUGGAAGUGGAAGGCUGAUCCAUCUGGGUUGUUUUCUGUUGCAUCAAUGUACAAAAGUUAUGAACUCUCCUUGGGUCCUGUUAGGAAAAUGGCAGAGGUGGUCUGGAAUAAUUGUGGCCCACCUAAAGUCAAAUUUUUAGGGUGGUUGGCUUGGCAAGGCAAGGUGAAAACCUCUAGCUUCCUACAGCACAUUGGGAUCUUAGCUGCUUCUACCAAUGUGGGUUGUGUUUUCUGUCAAGCUGAGGUGGAAUCUGUUAAUCAUAUCUUGUUAUUCUGUCCUUUUGUCUAG